CUUGCAAUUGCCUGGUGUCAGCAGAGUCGUCUGUUAGCCCAUAACUUCCAUGCUCCGAGGAUGGCGGGGAAAUCUCCAAUACCGUUCUCCAAACCCAAGGUUGAGCUUCAUGUGCACCUGGAUGGAGCCAUAAGACUUAAGACUAUUUUGUACUAUGCAAAGAAAAGGAAAAUCCAAUUGCCAACAGAAAAUGAAGAUGAGCUUCAGAAACUUAUAUCCUGUAGCAAACCAUCAACUCUCACUGAGGUUUUGUUAAAGUUCAGCCACUAUAUGCCUGUGAUUGCUGGUAGCAGAGAAGCUAUUCAGCAAAUAGCUUAUGAACUUGUGGAAGACAAAGCAAAUGAAGGAGUAAUAUACUUUGAAGCUAGAUACAGUCCACAUUAUCUGGCGAAUUGUAAUGUUCAUCCUAUUCCAUGGGGACAUUCGGAGGGUGAUCUAAGUCCAGAUGAAGUUGUUAAGAUAGUCAAUCAGGGUUUUCAGAGAGGGCAGCAGGAUUUUGGCAUCAAAGUGAGGUCAAUUCUCUGUUGCAUGCGCCACAUGGAAGCUUGGUCUACUGAAGUUGUUGAACUUUGUAAGAAGUAUGAAAACGAUGGUGUGGUGGGAAUUGACCUAGCAGGAGAUGAGUCCAUGGACUGCAAUUCCUAUCCAGGUCACGUACAAGCAUUUGAGAUGGCUGUGAAAUAUGGUGUUCAUCGUACUGUCCAUGCUGGAGAAGCUUCACCUCCACAAGUAAUUCGUGAGGCUGUGGAACUUUUAAAGGCUGAAAGAAUUGGCCAUGGAUACUCAAUAAUUAAGGAUCCCUUGCUCUAUAAGGAAUUACUCCUCAAGCAAAUCCACUUUGAGGCAUGCCCCUGCUCAAGUGUUCUCACUGGAGCUUGUGAUCCUGACUACACAAAGCAUCCAAUUGUUACAUUCAAAAGAGAUAAAGCAAACUUUUCGCUCAAUACAGAUGACCCAUUAGUUUUCAAUUCAACAAUACACACUGAUUAUAUCAUAGCCGCAGAGUACAUGAACUUUUCAGAAGCAGAAUUCAUGGCAAUGAACCUUAAUACUGCUCGCUCUAGUUUCCUCCGGUCAGAAGAGAAGGAAGAACUCCUUCAUCAGCUGUGUAAGGCAUAUGGAAUGGAAUAACAAAAAGCAUGUUUUACUUUAAAGUUUAUUAGAGAUAUUAUCCAGUGUUAAAAGGCAACAGAUAGUAUUGACUCCAAUCAGGGUAUUGUCUUGCUCUUCAAAGCAUUCUCCAUUGUUUAAUGAUAACACAUUUAAAGUGAUUGAUACUAAUCCCUUACUUUAUGUAAUACUAAACAAUAACACAUGAAUAACUAAAAGACAUACACAGGAUGAUUUAGAUGCCUAUAAUCAUGACUGAUGAAUUUAUCAAUUGACUGAGAUUAAAGUAUCAGAAUUGACAGCUUCCUGUAGCAAGAGUAUGUUAUCUUAAUUCUUUAGGAUUGCUAGAUUGGAUUAAAGAUAACCCAUUUUCUCAUGGAGGAGAGGGAACUGGUCCAUGUGAACGCUUCCCGAAGUUUAAUGCAUCAAUCUCAGGAAGCUAGAAAAAAGGCUCACAGCAAUGACAGAAGUUUCAGAAAACUGAGACUUCGUGACAGUUAAUUGCAAGGUACCAUUAACUGCUUGAUUUGCCUGCUGAUAUAAUGCUAAUGUUAUUUUAUCAUUUCAACCCUGUUUAAAUAGAUUGGUCAGAUAAUAUAAAUCUCUUGAAAUUUGAGCAUCUUUCAAAGAAGCCAAAACAAUACCUUGAGGAAAAAAACCGAAAGUGUUAGAAAUCUGAAAUAAAACAGAAAAUGCUGGAGAUACUCAGCAGAUUAAGCAGCAUCUGUGGAGAGAGAAACAGAAUUAACAUUUUGUGCCAAUGACCUUUUAUCAGAACUGGAAAAGUAGCAAACAGACAAAGAGAGGGUGAUAAAUUCCUGUUGAUCAAAGCGAAUCUGCCUGGAGGAGAAUAAUUAGAGGGAGAUGAAUAAGAGCAGUGGAGAAAAAGAAACAAAACAUACUGGAACUGUGAGAUGCUGAGCAUAGCUGUUGUGGAACUCUGAAAAAGAGAAUGUUCGAAAUACGCAGCAGAUUUGGUAGCAUGUAAGGAGAAAGAAAGCUGAGUUAAUGUCACAGGUGACUUGAAUAGGAAAUACUGGCUAUUCAUGUCCUUUGAAAUGAAUAUUGAUCCUGAAGCCUACAACAUGUCUAAAACAAAAGAUAACUUAACUUUCAGCUUCAUUGGAAUAGCAUAGUAGGGCAAAUACAAAGAGGUCAGGCUGGACAAAUACAAGUGACAGGCAAUUGGAAGCUCAGAGCUGCCCUUGCAGACUGAAUGGAGGUUACACCCCACUCCCAUUCUCCAGCAUUUUCUGUUACUAUCUUGAGCCAGUUAUUUUUAUGAGUUGCAGCCUAUACAGCUUUCAUUACUAUUUCCAAAAGCUAAUACAGAGAAAAGUAUUGCAUUUAGUAGCAUUUAAAGUAUCAUCAGUAAUUUAAACACAGCUAGUGUGCUAUAUUGGGAGCUUAGAGACUAGGAAAAAUUUCUCACAAGUUAAUGGUACUCUGAGGUUUACUUCCAUUAGUGGAAUUCAUGGGCCUUCUAAGUUUGAUUAAUGGUUUUUUUCUUGGAGGUGCACUUGGACAGUGCAUCCUCUUGAAUUUUUGGAGGAAUGGAACUCAUCAGGGGAGCUUGCAUUGCAUGGGUGUACAUGAGUAGGCUCCAGACUGUUUGUUACUUUUUAAAUUCCAGGUAGAAUGCAUAUAAUUUCUUGUGCCUGGGACAACUCCCAGACCUGUCCCUACCCUACGUUUGAUUUGCAGGGAGCAUUGCUCUGGCACAGCAGGAGGAAGCACUGUUUGCUGUUUCAAAAGGGAUUUCCUCUUUUUGGGAAAACUCAGCACUUAAAAGCUAUUUCCUGCUGUAUCAGAAACCAGUUAUACUCUCAGUUGUCCAGAAAAGUUGAACAAAGGGACAAGGAUAGAAUGUUUAGAGAACCCCUCCGGAGAAACUAUUUUGAUUGGUGUCGAGGACUCAGCUGUUAAGUAUCUGAGAAUAAAGUAUUUUGUUACUCAGUGCCUAGAAUUUGUGUUUGAUGUUCCUUCCCUUGGCCUGGACAGGAAUUUUUUUUUUACAAAAUAAACUUUAUUCAUAAUAAAAGACAAGCUAUAUACAAUUACAAAACAGUGCAAGCCUUUACAUUCUUGUACAGAUCAUUCAUUAGUGUUGCCUUUUUAUAGAGAAAAACAGCACCAAUGCCACACGUGUGGCUCCCUGGAAACUACCCGGUCCCGUAUUUACAAUAUUUAGGGUUCUUUCUCCCUGACCCCGCCCCUCCCUCUCCAGUGGCAGAAGAACCCUAAACUGUAGUCCUUCCCCACCGAGCCUUUGCGUUAGCUGUGCCCAGCUUCAGUGCAUCCCUCAGCAUGUACUCCUGCAGCCUGGAAUGUGCCAGCCGGCAGCAUUCCCCUACGGACAUCUCGCAGUGCUGAGACCUGAGGCUCAUCUUGGUUGGUGCUCUGCAAUGGUCUGAUGAAUGUGAGCAUGGGUUAGAUCCCUGACUGAUUCUACUGAUGGCACCUUUUAGGAAAGGCAGAGUCCCAGUGAUUAUUAUAAGCUUGAUCUACUGGAAGUUUAUUCAUGUUGGGAUAUGAGCUCUCCUCAUCAGUCAACAGCAUGUAACAUAAUAUGAAAUUCAAAUAUUAUAAUUUUGGUAGCUGAUUAUGAUGUAAUGUUAGUUAAUAUGCGUAUCUCUGUUGAUUCAUUGGUUUAAUAAAUGUGAAGCAUUUUGAAAAACUCA